AAUUGUGACGUUGCAACCAGGAAACUCGAGCUCUGCAGGAAACGAACGUCGGCUAUUUGUAAACAAUCGACAGAGAUACUCAAAUGCAUCUUCAUGUUGUGAUGCUGCAAGCUGAAUGUGCAUCCUUGUGCUUGCGCUUCAUUUCGACAAAAUCUAUAUGUCGUGAUGUGGUCUAUUGUCUAAAAGAAGUCACGUGCAUUUGGAGGUAGCUCUACAACAUCUCGACUGUCAUGUUUGCCAUAAGGACACCAGAGGAGGAAUGCUCCUCGGAGGUGGAGGAGAUGGACACUUCGGAGCCUAAUUGGUGCUGGUUUUACCUGGCAGAGUGUGGAGUCUGGCAUAUGUUUGAGAUUGAUCCAAGCGCUGCAUGCUCAGUGACCAGUGAUCAAAUUGAACAGCACUACAGCCGGAAUCAACAUGGUGUCAUGGAGUUCUACACUGCCAAGUACACCUACCGGCUAGACUUUUCAGUUAUGAAACAGAUAAAUGUGACAACCGGGAAACAGCGGCCAAUCAAGCGGUCCCUUCAUUCUGCAACUGGCUUCAGGUUUAUUUGUGACAAUCUGGCCCUGCCAGUUCCCUGCCACUGGGAGAGGAUAAACACAGAUGAUCCUUAUCAGCUUGUUCAGUUAAGCAGAGAUACUUACGAGUUCAAGGAGGUUGCCAGGCUGUAUGAGAGAACGAUGGGACACCCAAUCAAAACCAUCCAGAGGAUUCAGAACCUUGACCUGUGGGAGUUUUUCUGCAGGAAAAAAGCACAGUUGCGAAAGGUAAAACGCGCGCAGGACAUCGAGGAGAAGAUGUUGUUUCACGGCACAGGCCACAGCAACGUUCCUGCUAUUUGUACAUACAACUUUGACUGGAGGCUUACCGGUAGCCAUGGAGAUGUCUAUGGGAAAGGAAGCUAUUUUGCCAGGGAUGCCAAAUACUCCAGUAAAUUCUGCCUUACGACAGGAAAACACAACUUUGCUCUGCAGAAGCACGGCCUGGCGCCGCCGAUAUUUGCCAGCGAGCCUCCUUACAAGACCAUGUUCCUGGCAAGGGUGUUGGUCGGAGAAUACACACUGGGCCACCCACUGUACUGUAGACCUCCUUCUAAAGAUGCCAGCUAUACCAACUUCUUUGAUAGCUGCGUGGACGAUGUAGCCAAUCCAAAGAUUUACGUUAUCUUUGACAGCAACCAGAUUUACCCGGAAUAUCUCAUCGAGUUCUACUGAGGCCCACAGGAACUGUGUGAACAUUUGCUUUUGGAUUAUUACACAGAGAACAGGGGGGGUGGUCCACUAACCAGGAGUGGAUUGGAAAACAAAAAUGAAUGAGAAAUGAAGAUGCACAGAGAAGAUAUUGUCUCUCUGUUUGAAGAGAGUGCCUGAUUGGGGCCUGGUUAAUAUUAAGUGCCUUAAUGGAUUGUGAAUACAGAGGCGUUAGGUUUCUAUAUGAUCUGUGUCAAUUGUGUUGUUUUCCUGUGUUGUGCUUUAUGUUAAUACGACAUUAUGGGACAGAACGAGUAUAAGGAUGUCACUGAUGAAAAGAAAAAUACACUGUUAGAAUGUACCGGGUGUUUCUUCCUCUAUCAAGAGGCCGUUUUGGACCAUUAUUGCCAUCUAGUUAAAAGCGACUACAUGCUCUGUGUAUUACUCUACCAUGUUUUUAAAGUAGAUGCUUUGGCUUCACUGAAUAUGAUAAUGAAACAAUUUCACAGUCUAAAAUAGAGUCCUUCAGCACAAAACCUAAUAGACUUGGACCCCCAGGCUAUGGUAAAGAUAGUGAACACAAAUGUACACUGUUCUGUACACGUUUUCAGCAUUUUAAAAGUUGCCUACAUGUAGUUGCUCUACCUUGACUAAUUAAUGAAUACAGUUCUUGGUUACAGGAAAUAUGUAGUGGUAUUGACAACACCAACUCUCUACAAAAACAAAGAAAAGCUUAGUACAACUUUGAAAAGGGUUGUUUAGUUCUUGUUAGUAUUUAGUGUCUAUUCUGAGAACAGAGGUGUAAUGUGUUCGGAUGGCUGUAAACACCUCCGAUGGGCCAGUCUGAUCAGAUGUUGCCUUUGGUAUCUUUCAAAGGAGCGGGUGGGAGGAUUGAAGACAGAACUGGAUUGUUCUGACUUUAAUGUUCCGUCAUUCUGGACGGCUCUUGUGUAAGUCAAGUGGGCAUUGUUUUGAACAAGGUCCAAAAUGCCUUAAGCAAGGGCUAAACUGCUUCUUUUUGCCCAUUUUUGCACCAUGCUGUAUUGUAGUUCUGUGUCUUGGGAGUUAUUGACCUGUGUGUAUUCUAUGUAAUACUUAGCAUGCACGGGAGUCACUUUCUUAAACCCAAGUUAAACAAUCUACCUCAUUCAUUCAGCACUUUGGUAUGUUUUAGAUUCCACAUUGAAAUGUCCCUCAGAACCAAUGGAUUUGUGUUUCCUCUCUGUGAGAGGGUGUGUCUGUGUGUCAUGAUGACAAAAGCCCUUUGUGUGAGUUACAUUUUAUGAGAUACUGUGAUAUGAUCAUUUGUGUCCUUUUUUAUUGAUUAUAUUAUAUGAAAUUGAUGUGGGUCUAAAGUAAAGAUGUGUGGGAAUUUCAUUGUGAGUUUUGCAUUCUUGUCAAAAUUGGAAACAUUUUUUUUUCUUUUUCUAAUGGGAUUCUAAACUGUUCUAUGUCAACAAUACAUUUAUAAACAAUUACCUUAGCAGCUCUCUACUUUCAUCUCUAACUGAAAAAAGAUUAUAAAUUAUAAGUUGUUCAUAAACUGUACUGUCACAGAGACAAAAUCUGUCCUGGAGGGUGAUUGUGUUCAUAACACUGUAAAUAAAUGAUGUAUAAACCAUG